GAAGCCUUUGCAGCUUCGAGCGGCAGAGGUAGAUCCAUAGAGAAUCUUCAAGGAUACCAAGCCAACAACACAUUCGCCAUUCAGAGAUAACCGACCGCUGAACUUCCCGAAAAAUCAAGCAUUCAGGCGCUAAAAGUCACCACCACAACUACGAACAAAGCUCAAUCACAAUGUCAGACCGACGGGGUAGAAGGCACAGUCGAUACGACGACGGCUACUACGAGCGGGCACCCCGCCAUCGCUCCCUAGGUCGUCAAGCCCUCGACAAGCUGGAGGAUGCGAUGGAGGGCCUAGGCCUCAACGACAGCCGAAGCAACCACUCCCCCUCCUCCUCCCGCGGAACAGGAAGACACCACUCCCGAGAUGACCGCGCCAUAGCGCACUACUACCCCCCAUCGUCGCACAACCACCGCCGCUACCACAGCACCUCCCCGCCGCGGCGUUCCCGUCGGCCCCGGCGAGAUGACAGCAGCCACCACCGUGACUCCUCGCGCAACCGCAGCCGCUGGGAGCGGGGUGCCAAAGCCGCCGCGGAGGCUGCUGCCGUGGAAGCGUUCCGGCUCCGCAAGGAACCUGGGCCGUGGAAGGGCGAAAAGGUGCAGCGAAUCGCUACUGCGGCGGUCAGCGCCGCCGUGGUUGGCGCUGCGACCGAGACGAGGAAGGAAGAGGGCAAAGGCGGGAAGCUGGGGACAUUAGGGUCGGCAAUGGCAGGGUUGGCUGUGAAUAGGCUUGUCAACGGGUCGAGGGAUGAAGUCAGGCACUGAUUCUCUUCCUGUGUUCAUUAGACUGGGUUAUUGCAGUGACAUGCAAUUGUUGGGCAUGGUAUAGGGUGGGCUUUAGGGAUGGAUCCACGACAUUAUGACUUGUAACAGUUCCAUAUUCUCUGCCUAUGGUACCCUUAUAGGAGCAUAUAUACUGUACUGAACUUCUGGCAUAUUUGGGCUUAUCAUACACAGCAGGACCGGUGAGCGGCGUGCAACAACUAGUGUACUCUCGUGCGGAUGUGUGAGAUUUCAGACACAUCCCAGGUAUCAUCCGUAGAAUCAGUGAGCCUAUGCUUCUCAUUGACCUAUCA